GAGAGUUGGUAACACUGGCUGUGAUUCAAAAAAGUUUGCUUCUGCUUCUGUGUGUGUGUGCGGUCGAAAUUAUAUUUUAUCAAUUUUUAUUCGCUAAAAAAUAUAAAUCUAUUGAAACCAUAAUCCUAAAAAUGAGUACCGAAAAAUAUAACGACAAGGAAAUACAAAUUCGAGCUGCAAAUAAAGAAGACAUGAAAGCGGUCGCUGAAAUGAUCCAGGAACUUGCCGAUUUCGAAAAGAUGCCUAGCGGCCCGAAAAUGUCAGUAAGAGACUUGGAGCAUGAUGGGUUUGAAAUAAACCCCCCAGCGUUUCGGUGCAAGAUCGCCGAAUUGAACGACAAAACUGGCAGCCAGCCGUUGGUGGGGUACGCGCUGUACUUCCCCACGUACUCCACGUGGGAGGGCCGCUCCAUGAUGCUGGAGGACUUGUAUGUGCGCAGCAGCGAGCGGCGCCGCGGCGUCGGCAAGAGGCUGUUCAACGCGGUCGCUAAGGAAGCAUCAUCUACCGGCUGCUCGCGUCUAGACUUCCAUGUCUUAGAAUGGAAUCCCGCUCGCUCGUUCUAUGAGGGCAAGGGGGCGGUCAACUUGACCACCGCGGAGCAGUGGUGCUACUACCGCCUCGCGGGCGAGGCUCUGCAGAACGCGUCGGCCGAGGGGGGCGAGGCUUGACAAACACACUCCCAUGUGCUCAAAUAUUUAUUUCACUUUGUUAUUAUUACCUUUUGUACAGUUUUUUUUUCGGUCACAUCCCACUUGAGCUGGGUUUACAUGGUUCAAGUUACAAUUGGUAAUAUUAAAAUGGGUGAAACAUAAUGAUUAGUACAUAUUUAGGUUUUUAACAAACCAGUCAAUGAAAUCUUAAAACAUUAAACACACAGUCAAACACAGCGCACGAUAAUAUUAAGUAGAUGAAACUUGUAGUAUCAUAAUCUGCGUCUUAAUUUCUGUGUAGAUCAAGCCUAAACACUGCGACAGUUCCCAUGACCUAUUUUCAAGUCUGCCCCGCGCUAACCAUCGACCCAUAUAAACCCGGCUUAGCCAAAGCAAUAUUCUGUGAUAAAAUCGAUGCAGGGUUGAUAUAAAAUAAACUAUUUAACUAAA